AGGUUCUAUUACCUUUACCUUCAUCCCCACGACAACCUACUUCCAUUUCUCCUUAUGGUUCUUUCCUCUACUCUUACUGUUACUCUUACCUUCCUUCUAGAAGUAGUACAUGAGUGUUCUUCCAGCACAUUGUUUUAAUACACGACCCUCGUCCUGAAAACCAAGUACAUGAAAAAUUCCACCUUCGCCUCAUCAAGAUGAAAUUGUUUUUCUCCAAUGUCGACCUACUUCUACAAUAAUACUUUUCAAAACUACGCCUCGAUGGACAAUAAGUGAGUCCAUAAUUAUUGUCAUUGAAAUUGUUGCGCAAAAAGCUUCAAACCAAAAACAACAAGAUGGAGAUGUCUUCCAGGAUGAACACCCAACGUUCGUUCGGAGGUCCACAUCAAGGGCACAUGAUCUCCCCCGAGCAUCGUGCCGAAGACUAUGGCGCCAGAACAGAGACGCCUGGCAGUGGCACCUACAGCUACUAUAGUGGGGGUGGUGGUGGACCCGGAGGUAAUAUGGGUGGACCAGGUACGAACUAUAAAGUUGGAAAACUCUCCCUCAUCGACGAGCAGAGCACGAGUGCGGGAAUGAGCACGAGUGCCGCGGCGACCGGAGAUCUGGCAAGCUUAAGGCUACCCGUAUUAACGCAUAUGAUCCUUAAUGAUGCAAUCCUUGAUGGCUUCUUUUUUCAGGGAAAAAAGGACCACUCAGGGAUGAUGCACUUAAGGACGCGGCGUGGUAGCUCUAACAAGCAUGAUGGUGAGCAAUAAGGGAGGGGGCGGACCUCCGUUUCAGCCGCAACCCCAAGUAGGUGCAGGCAUGUUGAAAGUGGGAGACGAAGAGUCUCCUAUUCGUGCUUUGCCACCUAUCGAUUACACACGCUUCGAUUUCCUCCAGGACGACGAACGAAGGCCGCUUUUUCCACCUCAAAAGCACGAACUGGGUUUAGGUUUAUUUAGGAAGUUGUUCCAGACGUUGUGCGAUAGAUUUGGAAACGAGAAGGAUGAAAUCCACAUAAACCACUUUGAACGAGCGAUGCGACGUGUACUGCGAGUCAUCGACGCAGAUCCGAGCUCAUUCCGGUACUUAACUAGUACUUGUAGUAGGUGGAAAUGUCGUGGAUAUGGAUUUCUUAGAGGAUCAUGAAGCGACUGUUCUUUUUUAUGUUUGACUUUUAUUUUUAGGGGGGAGGUACAACUUCAACUAUGUUGAUCCCUAUUGAUUCGCCUACGCCUACUCCAGAAUGAUUUGAUUUCAAUCAGCAUCUUGUUAAGGUUUUCCCCUUUCUCAGAGGUGUGCUGCAAAUCUGGACUGGCUAUUUUGUUUUUAUCAUAUAAGACUGGAGUUUAGGUCCAGCGGCGCCCAAAGCACUAAGGUAAAACAACCGGCUAGUUUUCACCUCUAUCCCUAGGCUUAUCCCUUCAAACCAUCUCAAUCAACAUCCUCCAUGUAGUCCAUCUCUGUACUUACUACUCUGCUUCAACCAACGUCUUGAGUGAGCACUUCUCCACCUUAAACACCCAUCACCCUUUCAGUGCUGAAACCUAUGUCAUAGUAAGUACAUCAACAUUGCUAUUACAUUGCCAUUACAUCAUCUUAGUACAUCAUUGUAUAUUAAUACCUACCUACUUAGUACAUCUACAUUGUAUUAAAAAUCAUAAUGAUGUGGAUCAAAGUAGUACUUACUUACCUCUUCACACGACCUCAACAGUGCCGAAACCUAUGAUGUGGAUCAAAGCGGGGCCGUUGGUUGGUGGGAGUUCGUUGCUGUUUGGAAGGACAACACCUUUUACCUCAACCUCUCUACUCUAGAACGGAUUUUCUUGACGUUCGAGGAACCGCAAUCGUGCCAAUUAGCCCACUGGCUUUCUUGCAUGCUCUUGUUUACGAUUAUGUUUUCUUCGAUGCUCUUCAUCGUGGGAACCUUGCCUGAGUUUCGAGAAUGGCCCACUGCAAAGUGCGAGGCGACCUGCGAUGUGCCAACGUCGACAAGGGCUACGUGGUCCGAUGCGACAAAGGAAAUGUGUCUGAAAGAGUGCGAACCGAAAGCACAUAAGAUAUUUGAUCAACUGGAAGUUGUGUGCGUCUUGAUCUUCUCCGCAGAAUACUUGUUGAGGUACAAUUUUUAUUCUAACAGGACGAGUUUGUGUUUCGGUACUUACUUUCUCCAUCUGCUCACUACCUUCAUGAUCUUGUAUGUUUCUCAAUCGCACCUACAAGAUCAUCUCGUUUCUCAACAUCCGCACCUAAUAACCAUCUCACUAGUACCUUCAUCUCGAUGUUUCAUCUCUUUCGCACCUGCUACUUACAACAGGUUAUUGACUUGCCAUGGUUGCCGACCGGAGAUUUUGUCGGAAGAGUACCUUUUGAAACUGUGCCUUGGGGAAUACAGUCUAGCAAGACGCUCAGGCAGACUGCGUCGCUUCGUCAAUUUCGUCUUUACUCCCAUGAAUCUUGUAGAUGUCCUAGCCAUUGUACCUUUCUAUCUCGAACUCAUAGUGGGAGACAGUGGCGUCCAGGGUAGUACGGUGUUGCGUGUGGUCAGGUUGACUCGAUUGUUCCGGUUCAUGAAGGUGGCGAAAUACGUGAACACACUAACCGUCAUUGGUAGGGUGUUUUCCAGAUCCUUCUUUUAAGGCUUGAAAGUUGGCAUCUUCUCUAUGCGCGUCUAUAAAUAUGUCUUCUUCAAGGAGGAAAGCCAACAUAUACAUAGAUAAACGAGCUAGAAGAUGAGACGCCAAGCCAUAGAUAAACGAGCUAGAAGAAGAAGAGACGCCAACUUUUUAUUCAAAAAUCGCUAAUUCUUGGCCUUGGCAGUUUUGUUGUUCGUGUUGGUACUCUUCGUCACAGUGUCCGCUUCAGUGAUAUAUUUCGCAGAGAGCGGUAAUUGGGACCCUAUGGAGGGCACCUGGACGCGAUGGAACUGGGUAGCGGAUCAAACCGAAGCGACGCCCUUCAAAUCGAUCCCGCAUUCGAUGUGGUGGUCGUUUGUGACGUACACGACCGUGGGAUACGGUGACAUGGCCCCGACCUCCCUCACUGGGCAACUAGCUGGGAUUGUUUCCAUGCUCACAGCGCUGCUGGUCGUUGCGAUGCCGACUUCCGUGCUGCUGAACAACUUCACGGAUGUCUGGACGGAGCACCACGCGGAAGUGCACAUCCAGACGAAGCAGACCCAAGUGGAACGUGAGACAGUGGAGAAUGUGAUGCAGUUCGAAGAGCCACAGGCGUUGCUGCAGAGAGUCCAGAUCGAAUGCUACGAUGAAAACGUGUUGGGCGAAUUUAUCUUUUUGGGCGAGUGCGUAUUGGAGUUCGACUUGAUAGGCAAGUCCUUGCAAGCCAUCGACGAAGCGGAGCACAACGGACUGAAGAGCUUGAGAAGAAAACGCAGGUCUUCAGAUUUGCCGGACCGACAGAUCUACUCCGACGCUCCGCCAGGGGAGAUGCAAGCAGACGAAGGCGUUUUGCCGCCGAAGGUACUUGUACUUAGUUGCUUAGCACUGUUAUCUUCAUGAUGAAGUAGAUGAGUCUUGUUCAUGUCUUAUUUGUAGUCUACGUUAGUGUUAAUGUUUUUACCUCUAGCGUGUAGCCCGCCUUCCAACAAAAUACUUAUUAGUGUUAAUGUAGUAGGUAUUGCUAUUGCUAUUGCUCAACUUCUUAAGGUUAGGUUAAAGGUGCUUUUGUUACCGUUUGUUAUGGCUCUCCUAACAAGGGGGACAGCCAUAACAAGCGGGACAAACGAACACCAAAAACCUACCGCUAACCAACGUGGACUUAUCAACAGCGAACUUUCUCUGUCACUCCGUGUCGUGAACUGAGUUGUAGAGUAUGCUCCUAGUCGUAGAAGGUUCUUUCCAGCAUGCAUCCUCCAUCCUUGUUCUACGAAAAAUGCCAUGAUUCUUCCAUCCUGAUCCAGCCUCCACUCCCCAACCCGCCCUCAGGAAUCGCCUACUUCCAAGCGUCUCAAGAUGGCUCCAGUGGAAUUCGAUCUCUACACAUUUCACGGCAAGAUCGAGACUCCAUUGCAGAACAACAUCAUGAAGAGCGUGAAAACGGGACAGGAAAAAGAGAUCCAAGCUCAAGGUAGCAUUGAGGUAGAGCUGAAAUGGUCGCCUUAUGACCCGGUGACGGCACCAGUACCAGCAACGCGACAUAACGGUGUGAUGUACCAUCCAGGACAAUUGUCGGUCAAGGUGGUCAGGGCAAGGUAAAAAUUUUUAGAUCAUACUUCUGAUACACUUCUUACACUUGAGCUUGUCGUCGUGUAACAAAAAUACAUCAAAUUCAAAUAAUGAGUAGUUCCUGUAUGACGUGAAGAACGUAGGUACUAGUUGUUUCAACGUCAUCUGUCUUAGGCUCCUCUAGUACCUACAAGAACGACAACAUGAACAUACCCCACUCCCUGCUCCUCACAACAAAUCUUCAGGUACCUCUUUCCCGCGCACGAGUCUGAUGAGUUUUUUGGCGAAUACACUGCUUCUCCUCACGCCUCUGUCCAAGUUUGGACCAAGGUUCCCGCAAGUACGGAUGUCAAGUUGGAGUCGGUGAGUCAACGCACGAAAACGAUGCAUGACGACGUGAACCCAGUGUGGAAUGAGGAGUUGGUCUUCGAAUUCCUUUGGCGCAAUGCCGAGAUGGAAGAGAUGAUGAGGCAGCAGCAGGGUGGCAGAGGAUCGCUACAGAAUGCCGCAGAACGCCAGACAACGUCCUCACGCAUGGACGCGAUUAUUGAACUAAAAGAACAGCAGAAUAACAGAGGCAGACCAACCGGGAACAAAAAUCCGACAGGGGCAGUGAUGUUGGGGCCGACGAUGAUGCCACCCGCUCCGCCACCAAGGCCAGUGUCGGGACAAUCGGGAGACCCAAUUGAUGGGAUGUUACAACGCGUAGUGCAUGAAAAUUCACACAUGAUAGUGGAGCAUGGAGGAGGUCAUGGACCACAUGGUCAUGGAGGAGGAGCAGCACAUGGAGGUCCUCACUCAGGAGCAGGUCAUGGAGGACCAGCACAUGGUGGUGUCGGAGUAGACCUAGUAUCGAGUCAGAACAACCUCUUCCAGCAAUUCCAAGAAAGUAUUGUGAACCGAGUUCGAGAGCAAAAUCGCGAAGAUUUAGCGAAUUUGCGUGACGAAAUCUUACAUGCAGUUGCUACGAACCGUGCUGGUCCAGGUGGAGGUAUAUCGACUCAAAGCGGUCAGAAUAACCUGCAGAUCAGCAGACCUAGUACUACAAUAAACGGAACAAGUUUAGAAGGCAUGAUCCAAAACUUGUCCGACUUGUUAAUGCGUGCAGAGCAAGGAGGGGGAUCUUUCAAUAUGGCGAUGGGAGGCGGACGUGGAAGUGAAGAUGCUAGUAGAAGAGGUGGCAGACGAGAUGAUGACCGCGGUCGGAGAUCUUCUGGAGAUACGGAUACCAGUGACCACGAUGGUCGUCGCAACCGCAGUAUGCCGCCACCUAGGAGAGGUGAAGGACGAGGCCGCGACAAUGAUUAUGAGUACAACAAUUACUCUGGUGGGGGCGGAUCAUCUUCGUAUGAUCAUCAUAGAGACCAGCGCAACAAUGAUAGGCGAAGAUCUUCUGGAGGCAGAUAUGAUGACGAUAGGGACCGACGUGACGGAGGACGCAGCAGCAGACGUAGUAGAAGCCACCACGGAGGUCGUGAUGGUAGAGGCGACGAUUACGAUCAUGACCGUGACCGCCGCGAUCAGCACCAACUCGUUCCGGCAGGAGGUGGACAGUUUGGCAAUAUGCAUGUCGCUCUGGGUAGUCAUACAGUGGAAGCUGAUAUUGCGAGAGUGCGCGAAGAUGUCCGUGACAUCCGAAGAGGCGUGGCAGAAUUGCUAGAGCUGACGCGAUGUGGUAACGUCAUAGUACUCCCUGGCGGAGGACCACGGCGAAACGGAUUCCAAAACCAUUUGUUGGAUUAG